CAUAUUUACACUGUGAUGCCGGUUGAGGGAGCUCCUAAGGAUUCAACCAUGGCGGAGAUCUCCGAAGCGCCAACUUCCUCCUCUGAUCCACCUAACACUAUGUCGGAAGAGGCAUCAGAUUUCGACCCUAAAACCAUGCGUAAAACUAAGCCUGGAUUGAAGCGUCUAUUUCUCACUCUCACCGUCUUCUUCUCUUUCCUCAUCGCUUUGCCUUUCUUACUAAAAUCAAUCGAAAUUUACCGAGCGCCAUUGCCAUUUGAAGACAUCGAUUUACUAUCAUCAGCAAUGGAGAAGAAUCCAUUGCAAUAUCCUUGCCAAUUUCGAGCAGUUUUUAUAAACUUCGAUGACAUUACUGAUAUAAAUGAGCUAGGGCUUUUGAUCAAUUCUAAUAUGCAAAAGUUGACUACGAAAAUUACUCCAGCUUGUGGCACGUGCGGAAACAAUUAUACCGUGGCAGUAACAGUUGAUUCCAGUUCCAACUGUAUUCAUAGUGAAAGGGAAAAUGUAGGUAAAUGGCAAUGCGGAGCGUUGAAUGGAUUUGAUAAGCUGAACGAUGACGAGGAUUUUGAUGAGUAUUUGGAGUCUGUGUUGGAUAGUAAGAAUAGGAAACUUUAUACGGUUGUGGUGGUGAAGAGGAAUGCGGAUGAGGAGGAGAUGAGAGUUGUUGUUGGAAAAUAUAGGCAUGCUUGGAUUGUAGGAAAAGAUUCUGUGGAGAAAGCUGUUGAGAAGAUGGCGGAGAUUUUUGUCAAAGUGUUUGUGAAUGGUGGGAAGGAAGAAGGAUCAAUUCGUGGGGAAUUCAUGCCAGUAGGUGCAGAUGGCAAGGUCGUGCUUUCAUUCAGUCUUUUGAAUUCUGAUCCGCAUGAUUGGGUUUAUGACUGGGAUUUUCAGGAGUUAGAUGAGAUUCUGCUGGCUCCUGUUGUCGAUGCUUUAAGACCAGUGGCUGAUAUUAGUGUGGAAAGCCAGGUUCUGUAUCAUACUCCAAAGGUUUCAUACUCGUAUUGGGAUGACAAGCAGGGUAGCUAUAUUUUCAGUACAAAAGAUCUUCCUUUCUUUGUAAAUUCAAAUGAAUGGCACUUGGAUACUUCAACAGCAGCUGGAGGGCGGUCAAAAGUCCUGCAUUUUGUGCUAUAUGUGCCAUCUGCAAAAGAGUGCCCUCUAAAGUUGCAGUUUCCAAAUGGAGAGAUAUCCAUGACAAAUGGCUUUAUAUCUCCAAUGUGGGGAGGUAUUAUUGUCUGGAAUCCACCGGCCUGUUCAGAGAAUUUACAAAUUCAACAUCUUCCCAAGCACAAAAUUUCCUCUGAGGACUUGAAGAAGAUAUCUGAAGUUUUCAUGGGACAGCUGCGCCAGCUAUUUGGUCUAAAGUCUGAGAACCAUUAUGUUGGUGCAUUUGCCACAUCUGUACUUUUAACCAGUGCAAAAGGCUUUGCAGAAUGGGAGUUGGAUGUGUUAUCUAGGCAUCACACAUGCUUCAAUCUUCUUCAGUGUGGCACCACCCUUGGAUCUCUCUCUCGAUUGGUUCAAUCCCUUCCCAGGAUGAUCAUCAUGGAUGAAAUAGGGAAACAGGUAAAAUAUUCUCUUGAAGCUGCAAAAUUAUCCCUAAGCAAUGUGUCUUUAGGAUAUUCUGAUGCUUCUGCUGUUUCCUCAAGAAAAGCAAGAGCCUUAGCAGAGGAUGCCUUCUAUCAUCCAUCAAUGAUGUCCGUGAGCUACUACUCAUUUGAGCACUGUUUUGCUGUGUAUUCGCCAUUCUUUCUGCCAGUUUCACUGCAUGUGCUUCUUGCAGUCAUUAGAGAAUGGAGAAGAUAUAAAGUAGAAAACAGAAAGUACCUUGCAUGGAAAGCCAAACUUGAAUAGCAUGUUGGAGUUACAGAUCAACUUCAGCUGGCUUGCAUCCAAAUCUUGAAGAGUAGAAGAACAAAAACUGGUAUGAAAUGGACAAAUGCAAAGGCGGCCACAUUAAAAAGGUUGAGGUUUGACUGGAAAUGACUCCUAUGGUAGUGUACAAGUUCUGGAGAAGUUUUGGAUCCAUAGUUGAGAUAGGUACGACAGCCUGAAGAUUUUGUACAAAAGGUUUCACAAUGAUUAGAUACAGUCACGGGUAUCAUCUAUUUUGGUGCUAGCUUAGUGCCAUGUAUUGCAGUGCAAAGUUUGCUUUGUGCAGGCUCAUUUUUCAUGGCUAAACUUGUAUCUCUGAGAUAAGACAUCAGCUAUCCACGUUCUCUGCCAUAGUGAUGGUGCAGAAAGAAAUCAUUCUGGCUUUAUUUUUAGAAGUUAAAUAAGUGGAUUUUUGCUAU